AUGGACUCAAUAGACGUCCUAGUCACCGCCCUACUAAACUCCAAGACGUCUCAACUGGCCAUCCAUACCCGAAAGCAACUCUACGAACCUCAUUCCUCAUCAUCAACACCAUCCCAUCGCUCACAACUCGAUCAACGCCGUACACGACGAGAACGGGAUAGACGUAAUCCUGCAAUGCUAGAAUUAUGGACUCAGGAUUCGGGAAUUGAUGAUGAUUCUGUCUUGGUGCCCUAUGUUAAGGAUUCUACUGAAAUUAUUGGAAAUGUGAAUUAUAUUUCGUUACGUGGUAUUCAGAAUAGGCAGUGGGCUCAAGAAACAGUGAAAAUGGGAGUUAACUUUGCCCGAGAAUCAGACUACAAGAAUGCAAUGAAAGCAUACGACCGUGCUCUUGAAAUCGAUUCCGAAUGCACGGAAGCGCUGGUUGCUCGUGGAGCUGGAUUCGCAAACCAAAACGAAUUCGCCCGAGCCAUAACAGAUUUCGAAUCAGCUCUACGACUCAAUCCAUCCGAUGGCAAUGCUCACAAGUAUUUGAAUGCUACGCAGCAAAAGUUGGUUGAAGCCAACAAGGAGCGCGAGGAUGUGUUGAGUGGUGAUUUCUUGAUGGACGUAAACUACCGCCCAACCAACAAAUUCGCACUCGCGUCCGUCGCAGCCCCAGCUACAUCAGUCGCCACACCAACAUCCACUCACUCUGGUAUAGAGCGCCGUGCAUCGCUACCACAUGGUGCCAACACGACAUCAGACAGUGAAUCACAUACUACGAGUAAGAAAAAGAGUAAGAAGCACAAGAGGAGGUAUUCUGAUGAUUCGGAUAGUGAUGAUGGUGGUAGGAGCAAAAAGUCGUCGAAAAAGGAAAAGAAGGACAAGGAGAAACAUAGACGAGAGCGGUCGAGAUAG